GUACUAUUAGAUGAUCAUACCUUCUCACUCGAGUCACUCAAAGCAGAGGUGCUCGAAGAGUAUUACGUUUAUAUGACCCAGCGGGUCUAAGCCGCGGAAAGAAUGGUUUCGGAGUUGGGUCGUUCGGAAAACCUACAACAGGGAUCGCGAUUGGUGGCGACGUGGAUCAUCGGAGGGGUGGUGUUUGGGUUAUCCGCGCUGGCCCUUUCGCUUGCUUUGCCUCAGGGAGUCUGGAAGAGGAAGAAGAGGCCCGUAAGGGUAUAUAUGGAUGGCUGCUUCGACAUGAUGCACUACGGCCACUGCAACGCCCUGCGCCAGGCUCGAGCCCUUGGCGACCAAUUGGUUGUCGGAGUCGUCAGCGAUGCUGAAAUCACAGCUAACAAAGGCCCUCCGGUCACUCCUCUCAAUGAGAGGAUGAUAAUGGUCAGUGCCGUGAAGUGGGUGGAUGAAGUUAUUCCUGAUGCACCCUAUGCUAUAACUGAAGAUUUCAUGAAGAAAUUAUUUGAUGAGUACAAUAUAGAUUACAUUAUUCAUGGGGAUGAUCCAUGCAUUCUUCCUGAUGGGACUGAUGCUUAUGCCCUAGCUAAGAAGGCUGGCCGCUACAAGCAAAUUAAGCGCACUGAGGGAGUGUCAAGCACUGACAUUGUUGGCCGUAUGCUUCUUUGUGUGAGAGAGAGGUCUGCUGCUGAUAGCCACAACCACUCAUCCUUGCAACGCCAAUUUAGCCAUGGCCACAGCCAUAAGUCUGAAGAUGGUGGUUCUGGUAGUGGAACACGUGUAUCUCAUUUUCUGCCUACCUCUCGCAGAAUUGUUCAGUUUUCAAAUGGAAAGGGUCCUGGACCAGAUGCUCGUAUAGUCUACAUUGAUGGUGCAUUUGAUCUUUUUCAUGCUGGACAUGUGGAGAUACUAAGGCUUGCCAGAGGGCUCGGUGAUUUUUUACUUGUUGGUAUACAUACUGAUCAAACUGUCAGUGCCAAUAGAGGGGCUCAUCGUCCAAUUAUGAAUCUUCAUGAAAGGAGCCUGAGUGUUUUGGCUUGCCGUUAUGUGGAUGAGGUGAUUAUUGGUGCUCCCUGGGAAGUGUCAAAAGAUAUGAUAACAACUUUCAAUAUUUCUUUAGUUGUCCAUGGAACAGUAGCUGAGGAUAAUGAUUUUCAGAAGGAGAAGAGCAAUCCAUAUGCCGUCCCAAUCAGCAUGGGCAUUUUAAAAUUGCUAGAAAGUCCUUUGGAUAUUACAACCAGCACAAUUAUUAGGAGAAUUGUUUCUAAUCAUGAGGCAUACCAGAAGCGAAAUGAAAAGAAAACAGAAAGUGAGAGAAGGUAUUAUGAGGAUAAGAUAUAUGUCUCAGGUGAUUGAUCAAGAUUACUUCAAAGAGGAAUAGCAAACUUUGAAGGCGAGCUGUCCUUGCCGAUCUCAUCCUAGCAAAGCAACAUAUCUUUGUCUCGCGUCAUGUAUAUUUUGGUUGUUCAAAUUGACCUCCAGAGCAGAGGGCAAUUUAAUAUUUUUGACACUGAUCUUAGUUUAGUGGUGGUUACUUCAUUAUGCGUCAUAGGAUCAAGAAAUAAUAACUCAACAGCUUGCUAUAUUAUUACACUGACGCAUCACUGUGUAAUAGUAACAAUCAGGUUUCUUUACUCCGAACUCGGAUUGUGAGCUGGUAUUGCAUGACCUUGCCCGAGCACGGGCUUUCGAGAUUUACCAAUAUUUAUGUAACUGUAUUUCGGCUUCAA